AUGAACCACGACAACAAACACGCAACUGCAACUGCAAGAAAUGUUAUGCUACUUAUCAUCCAUCAUCAAUGCAAGCAAGAUAAUCCAUCCAUUAUGACUGUACUUACUGUACCCAACAUUGCAGAUCCAGAACUCCAUAACAGCCCAAAAACCAACUCAAACCGCUAA